AAAAAAACAUGAAAUAAUUCAAUACUUGGAGAAAUUUACAGCUUACGUAGUAUGAAGAGCUAAUCAAUGCAAUCUCUUUGUGGAUUCGUGAUAAGAGGCGAAGGGUUUCCUAUUCCCAAUCUGUCUCUUCUUUACCUAGGGUGAGAGGGAGACCUAAUUCCAAUUCGUUUUCCUCCCUCUCUCCUUCUUGAUCCCUUUUCUUUGUCCGGAGGGAAAGAUGGAAGAAGUUUUUUUUAGAAAUAUACAUUUAAUACUGGUUUAAUUAUUUUAGAUUUAUUAAAGGUAUACACACAGGUCAAGAAGCAAAGGGUGUGCGUUAGAUACGGGCUCCGCGAUGGCGACUAAUGGCGGGUCUCCGUCGGCUGUCCCUGACCAUGUAUUAACUCUGGAGGAGAAGGAGGUAGCAACUGCUGCUCCAGUUUACAUGUCAAUGGUCGACCCUUUUCUCAUUGAGGCUCUUCAAAACCCUCGCCAUCGCCUUACCAUUCUGCGUAUGGAACUUGACAUUCAGAAGUUUCUGCAAAAUCCAAAUUUGGAGGAGUUUGAGUUACCAUCAUUCCCUACUUCGUAUCUCCGUCUUGCAGCCCACCGAGUUGCUCAACAUUAUUGCUUGCUGACUAUGGUGGACACCACUGUUGAUGGCCAGGGGACUCGUAUUAUGGUGAAGAAAAAGGUUGACUCUAAAUUCCCACCAGUUUGUUUAUCAGAGGUCCCACUUAAACAAUCAGAGGGUGACAAACUGGACCAGAUUAAAAUUGUAUUACGGCAAAGGCCUAGUAGAGCUUCCUUGGGAAAGAGUGAUGAUUUGGGAAGCCAACACAGUGCUGUGAGAACUGUUGAGGAGAGAAAGGAGGAAUAUGAUAAGGCAAGAGCACGCAUUUUUAACAGUCCAAACAGUUCUGAAACAGAAGAAUCAUUAGUUCAGAGUGGUUACAAUGAGAAUGACAGCUUAGAUGAAAAUGAAUAUGUAAGGAGCUCAAUUAUUGAUUUUGAGAAAAAUUUACGCAUCAGGCCCACCAGGGAAAAUAGGACUUCUAGGGUGGCCAUUCUUAGGGACAGGGAGAAGGAUCUUACUGAUCCUGAUUAUGACCGAAGUUAUGAAAGAUAUGUUAAGAGUAUUCCUGCCAAUCAUAGCCUUAACAUGACACCUGUCAAUAUUCAGAAGUUCCAGCCUCCAUAUGUGCACUAUGAUUCUGCUUUUGCUCUGCCCGCUCAGAUGCAUAGAUCUCACAGUUCGUUAAACUAUAGAAACCCUAUACUGAACCCUUACUGUGCGGUGGGAUUAAACCAAAUGUCUAAUGAUGUCAACAUGCAAUGGCCUACUCAGUCCAUGAUGUAUGCACAUUCGUAUGAGCAGCUUAGCCAUGUUGGUUUUCAGGUUCCCUUGUGUCCACAUCCAUUAAGUUUUGAUUACUCACAUCACCAUUGUUGACUGCCUACCCAGUAGUAUUUUUUAUUUCCAGAUUGAGAUGGUCUGUAUAACUGGAUGCAAUGUUUUGCCAUAUUUAACAUAACUUUCAUCUUUUGUUGGAUGUUGACAAUUUACAUUUUCCUAGCUGCAAACAUACCCUUGAUGUUUCUCCUAAACUGCCAAUUGGCUUUUUAUGGCCUUGAAUGAUAGGUAAAAAACGUAAAAAUCACCUGAAGUAUUAAGUCAAUAAAUUUUCUCUUUCCGAGAAUUGUGUUGC